CGAUCCAUGAGGUGUGUCUACAGUCCAAACUACUGGUGCCCAACAACGAAAUGUCUAUACAUGAGUUCCUGUCCGCUGCCAUCGACCCGCCAUCCAUUGCCAGCGUUCGCGCGUCAGUACAACUGCUAAAGACAAUCGAUGCUUUGGACUCAACUGAACAGUUGACACAACUGGGCGUCCGUUUACUGGAUUUGCCGAUUGAACCCAAUUAUGGAAAAAUGCUUCUCUAUUCGAUAUUAUUGAGAUGUGUUGAACCGGUGCUCACAAUAGUGAGCGCAUUCGCAUACCGAGACCCCUUUAUGAUACCGUCUGUUAUGGAGAAACAAAAGUCGUUGAAAGCAAUUAAGAAAAUGUUUUGCGAAAGCAAUUCAUUCAGUGAUCACAUCAUAUAUUUGAAUGCCUUUAAUCGUUGGCUGGAAAUACAGUCCACUAACGAUCGAUACGCCUUUUGCAGACAUAAUCUCAUUUCAAACACUACAAUGACUUUAAUCGAUGGCAUCCGACGCCAGAUAUUGGGUCAGUUACAGAGCGCCGGCUUUAUUAGACACGACAGCGACGAUCACAACCGAAACGCUCACAAAUGGGUGGCAAUUAAGGCUGCCUUAUGUGCCGGCGCUUACCCUAAACUCAUUCACUUUGACGAGAAUUUGGGCCAAUUCUGGUGUCAAAAGGAUAAGAUUCGGUUUCACGGCUCGUCUCAACUCAACUCCGACCCAAACACCGAUAAAUUUGUGGGAAACCACUCGAAACUGCGAAAAUUAAUGCCAACGAAUUGGUAUAUAUACGAAGAGAUGAUACAAAUGGGGCGCACAUCUUAUGCCAAGACAAUGACCGCCGUUAGCACUGUAACAGUGGCUCUGUUCGCCGGCAAACCGGUGGCCGCUGAUAGCCAACAACCCGUUACGGAUCUCGACUCUCAAUCGCACCUUCAGAUCGAUGAUUGGAUUCGCUUCGACUCUAACGCGCAGACCAUUAAAAUAGCCUCAUAUCUGAAGGAAGAGAUUCACAAUCUAUUUGCCCGACAAAUCGAUUCGUUGUCGCGGGUCACGAGCCAGAGGUCACGUGAUAUCGACAACAGUGUCGUUGUAGAAUGA